AAGAUAAGUAAGAGUUGGAGAAUAGAACAAUCGAACCCCGCGUUGAAUUGGUCAACGAUUUGCGGAGACGUAAAAGUCCAAUUCUAUCUAUAUUCCCCCCUUUCAGGCACUGGAGACCACCAACAGGUUCGAUCCAAUCCCAUAUUACUACAUAAACCAGCAUUCUUCGUUCUUCCCAUUAUCGUCUCCGAUCUGAAUUCCUUCAUCUAAGUUCAGAGGGAUCGAUUAAACCGCUCUAUCUCUCUCUCUCGAUCUUGAUCUCUCGAAUUCUUAGCUAACAUGGGCAUGACCCGAUACCACCACACGUUCCGGGCGCAGGUGGCCCCGGCCAGGAUGUUCAAGGCCUUGAUCCUCGACUCGCAUAUCCUUUCCCCGAAGCUCAUGUUCGCGUCCAUCAAGAACAUCGAGUUCCUCGAAGGCGAUGGGGAGGUCGGGAGCGUCAAGCAGGUCAACUUCACCGAAGCUAGUCCGUUGAAGUACAUGAAGCACCGGAUGGACGCGCUCGACAAGGACAAUCUCAGCUGCAAGUAUACUCUGAUCGAAACCGAACCGCCGUUGGAGAAGCUCGAGUACGUGACCUACGAGGUCAAGUUCGAGCCGUUCGGCUUCACCGGGUGCAUCUGCAAGCUGACCAGCGAGUACAAAGCCAAAGAGGGCAUAGAGAUCAAGGAGGAGGACAUAGAGCAUGGGAAGGACAGAGCAAUUGGGAUGUAUGAAGUUGUGGAGGCCUACCUCAUGGCACACCCACAUGCCUACACUUGAGAAGGAAAAAAAAAAAAAACAGAUUUUUGUUCUUGCCCUUCGUUUAUUCUGCAAGUAAAAGUAAAGGGUCUCUUUUUGAACAAUUCUUUAAGCAGAUCUGGGUUUGUUUUUGUUCAUUCAAUGGUGUUCUUGUUCCUGAGGUGAGCUGAAGAGGAACUGUCAUGUGAACUUAGGUUUGAUGAAUCUGGGUUCAGUAUUAUGAGUCAUCUGACUAUGAAUUUACUCUGCAAUAGCUCAA